AUGUCCAGCUCAACCUUCCAAUCAUUUUCCACAUCCUCGUCCAGCACAACCAUCAACGGCCAAACAACCUCGAAAUCCGAACAAACCUACACGGACCCCAGUGGUACCCGCACUCAGCGCACACAUCAGGCACCAGGUGAAGCGCCUCGUGUCGAGCGAUUUGAAACAGAUGCUGCAGGCAGACAGCUAGAGGACCCUAGACAGGCGGAUGCGAAGCGGAUACAGGAUGUGACAGAGGAGGAGGAUGCCAAGACAAAAGGGAGGCAGUAUGAGGAGAGGAUGGAGGACGAGUAUGCUAAGAGGGAGGGUGGUGCUUGA